AUGGGAAAUUCUAAAUCUAAAGAGAUUACUAAACAUGCUAAAGUUGCAUUCACACCUGAAUAGCUGCAAUAACUAGAAAAGUUGUUUGGAAGUCUAAAUGGAGGUAAAGAACUUGUUGAAAGAUCUUUUUUACCUCAUUUUCCUGAAAAUCCAAACUUUUCAAUUAAAUUAUUCAACUGGAUGGUUGAAAGAAGUCCAAAUCAUUAGGUCAAUUAUACUAACUUUGUCAUGUUAUGUAAAUUCUGAUUGUUAUUUUAAGAGGAGUUGUUACUUAAAGAAUUGAAGGAUUACUAUCUAAGUGACUAUAAGUUUAGAAAUUUAGAAAAGUUUGAAUUGUUUACCUUGAUCAGUUUGGAAUGUUUGGAAAAUGAUAAGGAUUCUAUAAACAGGUAGUUAAUCCAUGAUAGUUAUUCUAGAUUUGUAGUGUCCUAUUCUUAAGGGAGUAUUGUAAUCCGGGAAUUAUUAAAUAUUUAUUCAGGAGGUUAAAUAACAAAUUCUUAGAGAAAUGAUUUGGCAGCAAGAUCAGUGACAAAUACAAUAUUUGAUUAAAAAGAUGAAUUACCAUUCAAUCAAUUUGUUAGUAUGGCUAAAGCAUAGUUGAUCUAUGCCAACAAAUUGUGCAAAUAUUAUUUUAAUAUGAAAUUUCUUGGAGAAUAAUCUCAUAUCGAGAUACCAAGAUUAAAUACUUCCAGUUUUAUAUUAAAUGAUCAAGUUUUAGCUUUACUUUAAUUGAGUUCUCCUGAUUUUAGUAAAAUCAAAUAAUUAUAAUUACAAUUCUCAUCAUCAGUAAGUGAAGAAGACUUAGAUCAUAUUACAGAUAUUAUUGUUAAUACUUAAAAGUCUUUAUUAUUCAUCUUCAGAAACAGAGAAGACGAAUGUAAUUAUUUAUUUUUAUUUUUUAUAGCAUAAAAUGAUACUUUCUAAUAAUAAGUUUUUGGUGCAUAUAUCUCAAUAGAUCCAACACUUGAAACUCAUUAUGUAAGAAGAAAAUUAAAGGAUCCAAUGAAUAUCUUAUAUAGUGAAGAUGAUCCUAAGAAUUUGUAUUUUGGUGAUGAAAAGAGCUUCCUAUUCUCAUUAAUGCCAAAAUAUUAAUUAUUUAUGAGUACUUUUGAUUAAAGGUCAAAAUAAUGUUUUGGUUACAUAAAUAAUAAAUCUUUCAGAAUUGAUUAACCUUUAGGAUUAGCUUUUGGAGGAGAUGGAAGGGGAAAUCAUAGAAUUUGGAUUGAUGAAAAUCUAAAGGGGAAUGCUACUUGCAGAAUAAAUAAUUAAUGUGAUUUAACUUAUGAAAUGGGAUAUCUAUUAGAACCACAUAUUGAAUUCCUUAAUGUAGAUAUAUAUAUAUUAAUAUUCUAGUUAACUUGUAUAGAAAUUUGGAGUAUUGAGGAAAAGGAAGUUAAUCCAUUGCUUCAUUUAUAGAGUAAGAUCGUUGAAGCAAACAAAGAAGAUAUGCAAUCAAAGGAUGUUGAACAAUAGAAAGAAAGUGUAAAUGAGUAAAAAUGAUAGAGGAC